AUGGAUGACGCCAAUCCAGUUGGCACCCCGAUGAAAUGUGGCAGCAAGUUGAGCAAGCAUGAAAAAGGAGAGAAUGUGGAUCCAACUCUUUACAAAAGUUUGGUUGGAAGUUUACGUUACUUGGCAUGUACAAGGCCGGAUAUUCUCUAUGCUGUAGGAGUAGUAAGUCGCUACAUGGAAGCUCCAACCACAACUCACUUCAAGGCGGCAAAGAGAAUCCUUCGAUACAUCAAAGGUACAACAAACUUUGGCUUGCACUAUUACUCUUCUGGCAAUUAUAACAUUGUUGGCUAUAGUGAUAGCGAUUGGAGUGGAGACUUGGAUGAUAGAAAGAGCACUACUAGUUUUGUGUUCUUUAUGGGAGAUAUUGCUUUCACUUGGAUGUCAAAGAAGCAACUAAUAGUCACACUAUCAACUUGUGAAGCCGAGUAUGUCGCUGCCACAUCAUGCGUUUGUCAUGCAAUUUGGCUAAGGAACUUGUUGAAAGAGUUUAAAAUGCCACAAGAAGAACCUAUGGAAAUAUGUGUUGACAAUAAAUCAGCACUCGCUUUGGCAAAGAAUCCAGUCUUUCAUGAAAGAAGUAAGCACAUCGACACCCGUUACCACUUCAUAAGAGAAUGCAUUGAGAAGAAGGAGUCGAUAAAGAUUAACACUGCAAUGUUUGUCUCCGCCAUCUUGCUACUUGUUGGAAUAUUAUCGUCCAUUCGAGUACUAGAAUUUACAGCUGCACAAACACAAGUUGUAGGAAUUUGCUAUGGAGUAAAUGGUAAUAAUCUACCAUCAAAGCAAGAAGUUGUGGAUUUAUAUAAAUCUAAGGGUAUACCCAGAAUGCGCAUAUACUCUCCAGAUGAAGAAACACUUCAAGCCCUUAGAGGUUCAAAUAUAGAGUUGACGAUGGACGUGACUGGAGAAACCCUUCAAUCUCUUACAGAUCCCAAUGUUGCUACUGAUUGGGUCCAUCGUUAUGUAACAUCCUAUUCACAAGAUGUCAAUUUCAAGUACAUUGUUGUUGGAAACGAAGUUCACCCCAAUUACGAUGUUGCCCCGUACAUUUUACCUGCCAUGACCAACAUCCAGAAUGCAAUAUCAUCAGCCAAUUUGCAAACCAAGGUGUCAACAGCAAUAGACACCACGUUGGUUACCGAUUCCUACCCACCCAACAACGGUGUUUUCACCGCAGAUGCAAGCCCAUACAUAGGGCCCAUUAUCAAUUUCCUAGUGAACAAUGGAGCCCCACUUCUUGCCAAUGUGUACCCUUACUUCGCUUAUGUUAAUAAUCAGCAAGACAUUAGUCUUCCCUAUGCUCUUUUUACUCAGCAAGGAACCAAUGAUAUUGGGUACCAAAACCUCUUCGAUGCUAUGUUGGAUUCAAUAUACGCUGCUCUUGAAAAGAUAGGCGCGCCUAAUUUGGAGAUUGUUGUAUCUGAGAGUGGGUGGCCAUCUGCAGGCGGAGACGGAGCCUUGGUUGACAAUGCACGCAUUUAUUACUAUAAUUUGUUAAACCAUGCCAAUGGUGAGAUUGGAACUCCAAAGAGACCCGGUAGGCCUAUACAAACAUUUUUGUUUGCCAUGUUUGACGAAAACCAAAAGCCAGGUGCGGAAACUGAGCGACAUUUUGGUCUAUUCAAUCCUGAUAAAUCAUCCAAAUACUGACACAUUUUGAAUUGAAACGAAUAGAU